AAAAAGAGUAAGGGUGGAAAAAAUCCCCUUUUUGAACUGUUUACCCUGACGUCAGUGUGCACGGCUCACUCCGUUCCCGUCUCGCUCGGGAAGUCUCUCAAUAGCGUUUCAGCAGGAAUUCGGGAUGGGCUGCAGUCCACAACUCGCGCGCCAGUGCAACCGGAGACACUGUUAUGAUUUCUGAUAAACCAAACAGGACUAAAACGUUACUAUGAACACCUGCGCGUUUCUGCUGAUCCUGGCUGUUAAAAUCUACGCCGAUGGCAUCGAAGGGCCAACAGCUGCAGGCUGCACGUUUGACGAGGACGCGGACGCCAGCACGUGUGAGUACCGCCAGGGCGAGGAGGACGACUUCGACUGGCAGCUGAUCCACACCUACAGCUCCCCGCACGCCACCCCCGACCUGCUGCGUGGGUCCUACAUGCUGGUGAAUGCAUCCCAGCAUGCCGCGGGGCAGCGGGCCCAGCUGCUGCUGCAGACCAUGAGCGAGAACGACACGCACUGCGUGCAGUUCAGCUACUUCCUGUACAGCCGGGACGGGCACAGCCCUGGCGCGCUGCGGGCGUUCGUGCGCGUGAACAGCGGGCCCCUGGGCAGCCCCGUCUGGAACGUCUCCGGCUCCCGCGGCCACCAGUGGCACCAGGUCGAGCUGGCCGUCAGCACCUUCUGGCCCAAUGAGUACCAGGUGCUGUUUGAGGCCACCGUGUCCAAGGAACGUCGCGGGUACAUCGGCAUGGAUGACAUCCUGCUACUCAAUUACCCCUGCUAUAAGGCGCCCCACUUCUCGCGUUUGGGGGACGUGGAGGUGAACGCGGGGCAGAACGCCUCCUUCCAGUGCGUGGCGUCCGGACGCGCCUCCGAGGCGGAGCAGUUCCUGCUGGAGAGGCAUAGUGGGGACCUGCUCUCUGCAGCUUCAGUGAAGCACUUGAGCCACCGGCGCUUCGUGGCGUCCUUCCAGCUGGACAGCGUCACGCGGCGGGAGCAGGACCUGUACCGCUGCGUCACGCAGUCCUCCCGCGGCUCCGGCGUCUCCAACUUCGCCGAGCUGAUCGUCAAAGUGCCCCCCUCCCCCAUCGCGCCCCCCCAGCUCCUGCGGGCCGGCUCCACCUACCUGAUCGUCCAGCUGAACACCAACUCCAUCCUGGGGGACGGGCCGAUCGUGCGGAAGGAGAUCGAGUAUCGGGCCAGCCAGGCGCCCUGGUCCGAGGUGCACGGGGUCAACAUGGUGACCUACAAACUGUGGCACCUGGACCCGGACACCGAGUACCACAUCAGCGUGCUGCUGAGCCGGCCCGGGGAGGGCGGCACCGGCCCCCCCGGGCCCCCGCUGGUCAGCCGGACCAAGUGCGCAGAGCCUAUGAGGGCUUUGAGGGGGCUCUCUGCAGUAGAGAUCCAGUCUCGGCAGUUGACCCUGCAGUGGGAGACCUUGGCCUACAACCUGACGCGCUGCCACACGUACUCGGUGUCGCUGUGCUACCGCUACUCCACAGCAGGGGGCGGCGGCGGGCACAACGCCACGGUGCGCGAGUGCCUGGCCGUGGAGCACAACGCCUCGCGCUUCACGCUCCGCGACCUCCCGCCGUACCGCUCCGUCCACGUCCGCCUCGCCCUCUCCAACCCCGAGGGCAAGAAGGAGGGCCGAGAGGUCACUUUCCAAACCGAGGAGGACAUUCCUGGCGGCAUCGCCCCAGACUCUCUGACCUUCACCCCAUUGGAGGACAUGAUCUUCCUGAAGUGGGAGGAGCCUGUGGAGCCCAACGGCUUAAUCACUCAAUAUGAGAUCAGCUACCAGAGCAUCGAGUCCUCCGACCCGGGGAUCAAUGUUCCGGGUCCGCGGCGGACCGUGUCCAAGCUGCGAAACGAGACGUACCACAUGUUCUCCAACCUGCACCCCGGCACCACCUACCUCAUCUCCGUCCGCGCCCGCACCGGCAAAGGCUUCGGCCAGACCGCGCUCACCGAGAUCACCACCAACAUCUCUGCUCCCAUGUUUGAUUAUGGGGACAUGCCGUCCCCUCUGAGUGAGACAGAGAGCACCAUCACCGUGCUGCUCCGCCCCGCCCAGGGCAGGGGCGCCCCCGUCAGUACGUACCAGGUGGUGGUGGAGGAGGACAGCAGCAGGAAGGUGAAGCGGGAGCUGGGGGCUCAGGAGUGCUUCCCCGUGGCCACGUCUCACGGCGAGGCCCAGGCUCGAGGCGGCCUGCACUACUACACCGCCGAGCUGGCCCCCAGCAGCCUGCCCGAGGCCACGCCCUUCACCGUGGGCGACAACCACACCUACAACGGCUACUGGAACACGCCCCUCGACCCCCGGAAGAGCUUCCUCAUCUACUUCCAGGCCAUGAGCAACUUCAGGGGGGAAAGCCGGAUUAACUGCGUCCGAAUCGCACGGAAAGCGGCCUGCAGGGACCACAAGCGUGCCCUGGAGCUGUCCCAGCACUCAGAGGAGAUGGGCCUGAUCCUGGGCAUCUGUGCGGGGGGGCUGGUGGUGCUCAUCCUGCUGCUGGGAGUCAUCAUCAUCAUCAUUAAGAAGGGAAGGGACUACUACACUUACUCAUAUUACCCUAGGAAGCCGGUAACCAUGGCGAAGGCUCCGAUGGCGUACCGUCAGGAGAAGCCGGCCAUGAUUGGCUCCAUGGAGCGCAGCUUCGCGGACCAGAGCACGCUGCAGGAGGACGAGCGCAUGGCGCUGUCCUUCAUGGACGCACACACCUGCAGCACGCGCAGUGAUCCGCGCAGCUCGGUGAACGAGUCCAGCAGCCUCCUGGGGGGGUCUCCUCACAGGCAGUGCGGGCGCAAGGGCUCCCCCUACCACACGGGGCAGCUGCACCCGGCCGUGCGCGUGGCCGACCUGCUGCAGCACAUCAACCAGAUGAAGACCGCCGAGGGCUACGGGUUCAAGCAGGAGUACGAGAGUUUCUUUGAUGGAUGGGAUGUUACGAAGAAAGACAAAACCAAGGGGAGACACGAAGGCCUGAUGGGGUAUGACCGUCACAGGGUUAAGCUCCACCCUCUUCUUAGUGACCCCAACUCGGACUACAUCAACGCCAACUACAUUGAUGGCUACCAUCGAUCCAACCACUUCAUCGCCACUCAGGGGCCGAAGCAGGACACAGUGUAUGACUUCUGGAGGAUGGUCUGGCAGGAGAACUGCUUCAGCAUCGUCAUGAUCACCAAGCUGGUGGAGGUGGGAAGGGUGAAGUGCUGUAAUCUGGCUGAGGACGUGGAUGCGGUGGACUUAGUAACUCUGUGCUAUGAGACUGAGACACUGGCUGAGUACACGGUCCGCACCUUCGCCCUGGAGCGGAGGGGCUAUUCUGCCAAACACGAGGUGCAGCAGUUCCACUUCACUUCCUGGCCGGAGCACGGGGUGCCGUACCACGCCACCGGCCUGCUGGCCUUCAUCCGCCGCGUGAAGGCCUCCACGCCACCCGACGCCGGGCCUGUGGUGGUGCACUGCAGCGUGGGUGCGGGCAGGACCGGCUGCUAUAUCGUUCUGGACGUCAUGUUGGACAUGGCCGAGUGUGAGGGUGUGGUGGACAUCUACAACUGCGUCAAGACACUCUGCUCUCGCCGAAUCAACAUGAUCCAGACAGAGGAGCAGUACAUCUUCAUCCAUGACGCCAUCUUGGAGGCGUGUCUGUGCGGGGAGACGGCCAUCCCGGGGGCGGAGUUUGCGCUGACCUAUAAGGAGAUGCUGCGAGUCGACUCCCAGAGCAACUCCUCCCAGCUGCGCGAGGAGUUCCAGACUCUGAACUCGGUGACGCCCCACCCGGACGUGGAGGAGUGCAGCAUCGCGCUCCUCCCCCGGAACCGGGAGAAGAACCGCAGCAUGGACGUGCUGCCGCCGGACCGCUCGCUGGCCUUCCUGGUCACCACCGAGGGCGAGAGCAACAACUACAUCAACGCCGCGCUGACCGACAGCUUCCACCGCCCCGCCGCCUUCAUCGCCACGCCCCACCCGCUGCCCGGCACCACCGCCGACUUCUGGCGGCUCGUCUUCGACUACGGCUGCACCUCCGUGGUCAUGCUCAACCAGCUCAACCAAUCGAACUCCGCCUGGCCGUGUGUGCAGUACUGGCCUGAGCCUGGUGUUCAGCAGUACGGUCCCAUGCAGGUUGAGUUCCUGUCGCGCGCUGUUGAUGAUGAUGUCAUCACUCGUCUGUUCCGUGUCCAGAACGUCACACGGCUGCAGGAGGGCCAGCUGGUGGUGAGGCAGUUCCAGUUCCUGCGCUGGUCAGCGUACCGGGACGUCCCGGACUCUAAGAAGGCCUUCCUCAGCCUGCUGGGCCACGUCAACAAGUGGCAGCACGAGUGUGGAGAGGGACGCACCAUCGUGCACUGCCUGAAUGGAGGGGGCCGCAGUGGGACAUUCUGUGCCUGCACCAUGCUGCUGGAGAUGGUUCAGUACCAGAACUUUGUGGACGUCUUCUACGCCGUCAAAACGUUGCGCAACUCCAAACCCAACAUGGUGGAGUCACUGGAUCAGUACCGGUUCUGCUAUGAGUUGGCUCUGGAAUAUUUGGACUGCAUGGAGGUGAGAUAGCAACAGUGCCCUGGAAGCCCCUCCCCCUCCCGCCCAGACUGUGACCUGAUUGGACGAUUCCUGCAUCCGGGUCCUUCUGUGUCUCAGUGCUGUUUUAAGCCUGACUUGGAUUGUCAGGCUCACCUGCCAUCAGAGACACGGAGGAAAAUAAAAAAUAAAAAAGUGGAGGAGAAAAUAGGGGAAGACUUUCUCACCUUUAACCUUUAACCUUUAACCUUUAACUUGUGGCUGUCUCUGCUUCUCUCUGUAAUCCUGCUCUGUUCAUCCUCUGGUCGCCUGGCCCGGAAGUGAUUCUGUGUUACUGUCAGCCUGGCCUGACUGGGGCGGGGAGACACACUUUCUGUGAGCUCCUGCAAGACCCGCCCACCUCCCAAUCAUGUGACCUCACGUGAGCCACGAUGCCUGGGUUCGGGUGAGAGGUCUCUCCUGUCGUAUGCCUUACCACCGCUGUGGAUACAGUGUUCCCAUGCUGCAGAGGAGCGGGCAGGAACAUACCCACACCAACAGGGGGCGCUGUUCUUUUACCAUCGCUGCCAAGCCGAUAACCAGACGGAUGUCUUUUUUUUGGAUGCUUCCCACGUUUGAAGAGCGCGAUCCACGCACGGAGAAAAUCAUAUGUGCUGUUGUGGUUGCCAUGGUGUUAAUUUUGUGUGCCGCGGAGCUGGGUUGCCAGAUUGAUGUACUGCGAUUCCUCGCCCUGGACUCCUCACUUAGGGGGGCUGUUGCUUACGUCUCCUCUACUGGUGCCAAUGGACCAAACAGGAGGACGGCCUUGCCCUGGCCUCCCCCGCAUUUACACCCCUGUUUUCCAAUGCGUGUGUUUGCCUUCUCAGCUUGCUCUGUUCCCGCAUUGUUAAUAGAUGUAUAUACAGCAGCAUUUAGAUAUUUGCGGUUUCUUGAUGUUCUCGUCUUAAUGUCACGGUCCUAUCUGUGUGUGUAUGGGGUGGAGAUGUUUGUGUGUGUGUGUAGGGGGAUGUGUGAUGUGUGUGUGUGUGUGUGUGUGUGUGUAGUAGAAGACUUUCAGAGUGACUGAGAAUUAAACAGUGUUAUGGGGGAUUGUGGGUAAAAAUAUGCCUUGAGCAUAUACCACUAUUUGUAUUUAUUCGUCCUUUGGACUGUUUAUACUAUUAUUUUUUGGUCAAUGUAAUUCUUUUUUUUAAAUUGUGAAGUUGAAAAAAUAAGAAAAGAAUUCAAGAUGAAUUUAAAUGAAUGAAAACCGGAAUUCCCAUCAUGCCCUUCCACCCCUUGGCAUUUGCUUUUGGUGAACUUGCCUUUAUUAAAUAAUGUAUUCAGCUUAACGUACACACCUCCAGCUGCUUACUCCAUACCCCGCCCCGCCCAGCCAAGCGCCUCCCUGGCCGCCCCUCCCAGCCAAGCCCCUCCCUGCCCGCCCCGCCUCCCCUCGCCCAGCCCAGCCCACGCCCCAGGCCACACCCACUUCCUGCAGAGCUCCUGCUGUAUAACAGACACCAGAUUACUUGCAGCCUGAGGUGGGAGGGUCUGGCGUGUCUGACUGUGGCUCCGGAGCCUCUGCUGCAGAUGACUCGGAGUGUUUUAUUGCGCAGCAUAUGCCAGUCCAGCUGUCAGACGGCCUGUUUCCCCGCCACACCGCCACCGUCCACCAGGAGGUGCCAGGGCUCAGCGUCUCCUACGCCAACAGCAGAGCAGCUAGGAGCUAGGAUGCAGCAGAACUCAAGCAGUGCACUGCUGCUAUGGGGGGUGCUGGCUGGGUCAACCCCAAAGGUCUCACAGGUUGUGGACUCUAUUUUAAAAUAAAGGGCGGGGCAGUGUGCCUGACCAAUGACAGUGCAGGAAGUCCAUGAUGAAGGUGGUCUCUCAGAGAACCUCAUCUGAAGUAGCCAUCACUGCUAUUUAACAAAACGAACAUUCUAACAGGAACUCAAACUCCAGAGCAGGUAAAGACACAGGAACUCAAACUCCAGAGCAGGAAAAGACACAGGAACUCAAACUCCAGAGCAGGUAAAGACACAGGAACUCAAAUUCCAGAGCAGGAAAAGACCCAGGAACUCAAAUUCCAGAGCAGGAAAAGACACAAGAACUCAAACUCCAGAGCAGGUGAAGACACAGGAACUCAAAUUCCAGAGCAGGAAAAGACACAAGAACUCAAACUCCAGAGCAGGUGAAGACACAGGAACUCAAACUCCAGAGCAGGUGAAGACACAGGAACUCAAACUCCAGAGCAGGUGAAGACACAGGAACUCACAUUCCAGAGCAGGAAAAGACAGCAGAGAGUGUUCUCUCUUAGUGACUGCUGAGCCCAUGCGCUUAUUUCAUGCCAAACUGUCACCAUCCUUCUCUUUUUAACUUCUGAGUGCACAAGGAAGUCCAUGGAACUCUGCCGGGAAGUGAAGCAGAGGGAAUAUGCAUCUAUGUAGAAGUGUAUAUUUGUGUAAUAAUUUGUGAAUAGACCUAUGGAGAUAUCUAUUGGCCAGUGUGUUGAUCUCUGUACAGUACCAUGAAUGCACUGUCUUUCAUUCUUUUCAUUCAAUCCCUUUUUCAUUCCUUUCAUCCAAUGCCAGACUGACUGUGGGAAGCUUCUGACAUUCCCAGGGUCCCACCCCCCAUGCCCCGCCCACCUCGACCCCCUGCCCCGCCCCCCCCCCCCCCCCCAGCCCCACGUAGAUCUGAACGUUACCCACUCCCUCUCUUUUUUGCUGUUUCUCCAGCGCUGCUGUUCCCUGUGCUGUUGUUUGCUGUGUCUAUCCUGGCGUUGCCAUGGCAGUGUGGAAUGCUGUGUACUUUAUCAUUCCGCAGGUGUGUCAUUUGGGCCUGUGCUCACCUGGGCCAGGUGAGACCUCUUCCCUUUCUGUGUGAUUCCCAGCCAGUCGAACAAGAGAUUACUGCUCUUCUCCUCCUCCCUACCCCCCCCCCCCCAAAAGGAAAUGUUGAGAACACCUGCUGGGUGGGAAGCUCGUGGCUUGGGAACAGGUUGAAGGGAAGGGCAGGAAGAUGUGCGUGAGGGGGGGAGGGGUUUUUAUUUUGUUCUUCAAAUUAAGAAACAGCAACCAAUAAAAAAUGAUGUUGUGAGUGUG